UGAUCCUUGAAGUCAUGGUGUCCAAAUCCCAGGAGUCUAACUUUGUUACUUUGGUAGGGCGACAAUACGGAGGAAUGCCACAUGGACAUGGCAAGGUUCGCCGCCUCUCAAUCCAUGAUAGUGACCAUGAUGGGGAGAGGCCCACAAAAGUUGAGCAGCAUCAUGCAAGGCACGGCUUUGAGGCGAUGAACCUACAUCAUAUCCGGUCACUGACCACAUUUCAGCGCAAUUAUGGCCUCAGUAAGCUGCUAGAUCAUCUAAGCGAGUUCAAAUUGCUGAGGGUACUUGACCUGGAAGAUUGCAAGGCCCUGCAAGACAAGCACAUGAGAGAUGUCUGUCGACUGUAUCUUCUCAGGUUCUUGAGCUUGAGGGGUACAGAUGUUAAAGUGAUGCCCGACAAAGUUGGCAAACUUGAGGACUUGGAGAUUCUUGAUAUAAAAAACACCCGCAUCCAGAAGAAUGUGCCGCUAACUGUGACAAAGCUGAGCAAACUAGAGUGCCUAAGGUCCGAUGAGUGGCUUCUGCCACGGGCCUAG